AUGAAGUACUUGAAAAUGCAUGAUUUGUUGAGAGACCUUUGCUUGAAAGAAGCUGAAAAGGAGAGGUUUUAUCAUGUGGUAGGGCAACAUAAUUCUCUAGGCACGUCCAUCCAACGCCGUGUAGUUAUUAUGCGAAGCAGUCCAGAGGACAAAGUCGUUGAUGCCUUGAAAUCAAGACCAUACGCCCGUACCUGUAUAAUUGAUUGUACAAGAUACAAACCGUUGCCCAGUUCAAAAUUGUUGAGGACACUGAAAGCAUGGGAUGAAGAUAAUGAUCAAGGGGGGUAUGAGUAUUCUGUGGAAAAUUUGUUUGAGUUGGUUAAUUUGAGGUUUCUUGAUGUUAAAUCUGAUAUGUACCUCCGCCUUCCUUCUUCAAUCAAUCUCCUCUGGAGUCUACAGACAUUAAUUGUUGAUUAUCCUAUAAUAGAGGUUAUACAUGCACCGGUUGAAAUUUGGAACAUGUCUCAACUUAGGCAUAUUCAUUUAUGGAGUGGAGAAAUUCAUCUCCCAGAUCCUCCGAGUGAUAGCAUUGUCGUCAUGGAAAAUCUGCAAACCCUCGAAGGUGUAAAAAAUUUCAAGUUCGAUGAGAGGAUGGUUCGGAGAAUGCCCAAUGUCAAGAAAUUAGGACUCAAGUAUGAUGGAAUUGAGUCUAGUGAUGAUGACUGUUGUGUCCACAACAUCAAACAUCUGCAGAAGCUGGAAUCUCUUCAAUGUUUUAGCUAUCCCGGGGCUAAUUUUUUGCAAAAGCUUACCUUUCUACACUCUGUUAAAAUUAAGAGUCUAUUUCUUCAAUUACCACAUGGUCGUAGAAUGGAAGACAUAUUGGAAAAGGUUAGUACAUUACCUCAUCUUCAAAAGCUCAUUUUGAUUGGUGGAGAUUUCACAACAGGCAAAUGGGAAACAGUUGAAGGCCAAUUCCUCAGUCUCAAAUAUUUGAACUUAAGCUGUGGUGGUCUGGAAUGCUGGACGAUGGAAAGCUCUCACUUCCCGUGUCUCGAGCACCUAUAUGUUUUAGUCUCGAAUGAUAUGAAGGAGAUCCCUGCAGAACUGGGUGAAAUUCCAACACUUAAAUCUGUGACUUUGUACAAUUGCAGUGAAUCGGCUACUAAGAGUGCGAAGAGAAUGGCAGAGGAACAACAGGACUUGCAAGGAGAAGAACUCACCUUUCGAGUCACAAUUCAUCUCCACAACGAUGAGGACAGCGAUGAGCUGUUGAAGUUGGCUACUCCCAACUUUAACGUUGUUAAGCGUCUCACGAGAUAA